AUGGUGUCUGGUGUAGAUGUGCAUUGGAUGGUGUGCGUGCUCGCGGAAUCGUUAUGUUUUCAACCUGGUGUGCGACGAGCAACAAUGAGGAGCGCCUUCGUUCUCUGCCUUUUGGCGGCCUUCGUCGUGGCAGCCGGGAAAGCCGAGACAGCCGAGGAACAACCGAAAAAGGCGAAACGAGGGAUCCUGUUGGGCACGGCGGGAUCAUCCGUUGGUUUGGAAUUGGGCCCCGCCUCGAGUGGCGGGCUCGGAUUAUCGGGACUCGCCAACGGCCAACUCUCAGCAGGAGUCGACGGUGGCGCCAUCGUUCAGCAAGCGCCAACAGUGCUCGUCCAACGGUAUCCACCGAUCGCCUACUACGCGAGGCAAUCUCUGGCGCCGGUGCUGAGGGAAGUAUCGGUUCAGACGGCUCAUCCAGCCAACCAAAGACCCACGACAGUGGCCGUCAGCCCUCCUCAGCCUCCUGUCAGAUUGCAAGCUUCCCCGAUCUCGGUUUCCCAACACGUCAAUAUUCCCCAGCUCGUGUCUCAAUCGGUUCCUGUCCUGGUGUCGGCCGUGUCCUCGAGCUCGGCUGGAGCCGGCUUCGCUUCUAGAAUCGAUUCGAGCGGCAGCGUCACAGCUGGAUCCGGCCUGGCUUCCGGCCUGGCGACCACCACCGAUCUUGCCUCGAGAGGGUUCGCCUCCAAUCUUGGAUAUGCUUCGUCCGGAGGUGCUGCCGCUCUUGGAGCGGUUGGCGCUCUUUGA